AUGAAGGACCUCUUCCACCCAUCCCUGGAAGAGGACAGGAGGAAGCAUAAGAAGAAGCCCCUGGUGCAGAGCCCCAACCUCUACUUCAUGGAUGUGAAGUGCCUGGGAUGCUACAAAAUCACCACCGACUUUACCCUUGUUCAAAUGGUGGUUUUGUGUGCUCGCUGCUCCACUGUCCUCUGCCAGCCUACAGGAGGAGAAGCAAGGCUUACAGAAGAAUGCUCCUACAAAUGGAAGCAGUACUAA